GCAGGGGGUUUAGCGUCGUCAAUGGGAAGCACACGCCACGGUGGAAAAGCGAAUACUGUCUAGCUAACUUCAUUUACAACAUGGGUUCCACGUCGAUUCCGUGUUUGUGGAUUACAUUUUGCAUUCAUUUAUGUUGUUUUAUGGACACUGGAAAAGCACAGAAUGCGAAAGAAGUGAUUCUGUUGGAUUCCAAGGCGCAGCAGACAGAGCUGGAGUGGAUAUCCUAUCCUCCUAGUGGGUGGGAAGAGAUCAGCGGGUUGGAUGAAAACUACACCCCCAUUCGCACAUACCAGGUUUGUCAGGUCAUGGAGCCGAAUCAGAACAACUGGCUUCGGACUAGCUGGAUAGAGAAGGGCGAUGCCCAGAGGAUUUUUGUGGAACUGAAGUUCACCUUGAGGGAUUGUAACAGUCUACCCGGUGUGGUGGGCACGUGCAAGGAGACAUUCAACCUGUAUUAUCAGGAAACCGAUUCGGAAGUCGGCAGGAAUAUACGAGAGAACCAGUACGUGAAAAUUGACACAAUCGCAGCAGACGAGAGCUUCACCCAGGGGGACCUGGGAGAGAGGAAGAUGAAGCUGAAUACAGAAGUGCGCAUCAUUGGGCCGCUGUCCAGACGAGGGUUUUACCUGGCCUUCCAGGAUGUAGGGGCAUGCAUCGCUCUGGUCUCUGUCAAAGUUUAUUACAAGAAGUGCUGGUCCAUCAUUGAGAACCUGGCCACUUUCCCAGACACAGUGACGGGGUCAGAGUUCUCCUCUCUGGUCGAGGUCGAGGGCACGUGUGUCAGUGACGCCGAAGAGGAGGCCGACAACUCUCCCAAGAUGCACUGCAGCGCAGAGGGGGAAUGGCUGGUGCCUAUAGGGAAAUGUAUAUGCAAAGCGGGAUUUCAUCAGAAGGGCGAUGCAUGUGAACCAUGUGGCCGUGGAUUCUACAAGUCCUCGUCCCAGGACCUGCAGUGUUCGCGCUGCCCAGCACACAGCUACAAUGAUCGGGAGGGCUCGUGGCGCUGCGACUGUGAGGACGGCUACUACCGGGGACUCUCGGACCCACCCUCUGUGGCCUGCACAAGACCUCCCUCGGCGCCACAGAACCUGGUCUACAACAUCAACCAGACCACGGUCAGCCUGGAGUGGAGCCCGCCGGCCGACACGGGCGGCCGCAACGACGUCACCUACAGGAUUAUGUGCCGGCGCUGCAGCUGGGAGGCCGAGGAGUGCGUAGCGUGCGGGGGGAACGUGGGAUACUCCCCCCAGCAGGCGGGAUUAGUGGACACCUACGUGAGCGUGGUGGACCUGCUGGCCCACGCCAACUACACCUUCGAGGUUGAGGCAGUCAACGGGGUAUCUGACCUCAGCCGCACCCAGAGGCUGUUCGCCGCAGUCAGCAUCGCCACCAGUCAAGCAACUCCCUCCCAAGUCAGUGAAGUCAUCAAGGAGAGAGUGCAGCAGCGCAGCAUCCAGCUCUCCUGGCAGGAGCCUGAGCAGCCCAAUGGGGUCAUCACCGAAUAUGAGAUCAAGUACUAUGAAAAAGACCAGAAGGAUCGCAUCUACUCCACAGUGAAGUCCAGGUCCACGUCAGCCACAGUGAACAACCUGAAACCCAGCACUGCCUACGUGUUCCAGAUCCGAGCCUUCACCGCGGCCGGCUACGGCACCUAUGGACCCCGGCUGGAGGUCACCACCAAGGAGGAGGCCUCAGCAGCCACCAUUGUCUCCAGCGAGCAGAAUCCCGUCAUCAUCAUCGCGGUGGUGGCCGUGGCGGGGACCAUCAUCCUGGUCUUCAUGGUGUUCGGCUUCAUCAUUGGGAGAAGACACUGUGGCUACAGCAAGGCGGACCAGGAAGGAGACGAGGAGCUGUAUUUCCAAUUUAAAUUUCCAGGCACCAAAACAUACAUUGACCCUGAAACCUACGAGGACCCCAACAGGGCUGUCCAUCAAUUUGCCAAGGAGCUGGACGCGUCCUGCAUUAAGAUUGAGCGAGUUAUUGGAGCAGGAGAGUUUGGGGAGGUGUGUAGUGGACGGAUGAAGCUCCCAGGGAAACGGGACAUGUCAGUGGCCAUUAAAACCCUGAAGGUGGGCUACUCAGAGAAACAGAGGAGGGACUUCCUGUGUGAGGCCAGCAUUAUGGGCCAGUUUGACCAUCCCAAUGUUGUCCAUCUGGAGGGAGUGGUGACCAGAGGCAAACCGGUGAUGAUUGUGAUUGAAUAUAUGGAAAACUGCUCGUUAGAUGCUUUUCUCAGGAAACACGAUGGUCAGUUCACAGUGAUCCAGUUAGUGGGGAUGCUGCGGGGCAUAGCAGCGGGGAUGAGAUAUCUCUCCGACAUGGGUUAUGUCCAUCGAGAUCUGGCUGCACGAAACGUACUUGUCAACAGCAAUCUCGUAUGUAAAGUGUCUGACUUCGGCCUGUCAAGAGUGAUCGAUGACGAUCCCGAGGCUGUCUACACAACAACGGGGAAGAUGCAGGAUAUAAUGAAUUUGAUCUUUACUCCAGCCACUGACCUGCAUUUUACUGAACAGGGUGGAAAAAUACCUGUUCGAUGGACAGCAAUGGAAGCCAUCCAGUACCGUAAAUUCACUUCCGCUAGUGAUGUGUGGAGUUAUGGCAUUGUCAUGUGGGAGGUCAUGUCCUAUGGGGAACGGCCUUACUGGGACAUGUCCAAUCAAGAUGUGAUAAAGGCCAUAGAGGAGGGGUACCGCCUCCCUGCUCCCAUGGACUGCCCUCCAGGCCUGCACCAGCUAAUGCUGGACUGCUGGCAGAAAGACAGGGCCGAUCGUCCCAAAUUUGAUCAAAUAGUUGGCAUCCUUGAUAAGAUGAUUCGCAAUCCCAAUACCUUGAAAACCCCGGUGGGAACCUGCACGAGACCGAUUAGUCCCCUGUUAGAUCAGAGCACACCAGACUUCACUACUUUCCGCUCGGUUGGGGAGUGGCUGGAGGCCAUCAAGAUGGAGAGAUACAGAGACAACUUCACCGCCGCUGGCUACAGCUCACUGGACUCUGUGGCCAGGAUGUCAAUUGAGGAUGUGAUGAGCUUGGGGAUCAGUUUAGUUGGCCAUCAGAAGAAGAUCAUGAGCAGCAUACAGACUAUGAGAGCCCAGAUGCUGCAUCUCCACGGCACAGGAAUCCAGGUGUGAUGACAGACUACAGUGCCCCCUGUGGACGGGCUAUCUAGAGCAGCACUAAGGCAAAACCUCCCAGGAUAAUCAUUGAAAAUCAUGUGACGUGAUGUCGUCUUCUAUCUGACUAUUUUUUUUCCGGAUGUUUCGGAAUGAAAUAAUUCCUGUGAUCCUUGGCGAAGGAUUUGAACCCCUCUUUAGAACGGGUACGAAGGAGAGAAUGACAGAAUACUACCUGAACAUGAUGCCGAACUUAAAACGCUCUGAGGAACUCUCAACAACAUAUCAAAUAGAGACGGAGCUUUGGAAAACGAGUUUGAUACAUAUUACCUUGUUCUUUUAACCUCGUGGAUGAUUUGAUUUGUGCACCAUGAAAAUGGAUUUCACUUUAUAAAAAGGAAAAAGAAAGAAGAUUUCAAACAAUUUGUUUAUUCCCCUUGCGGUGGUUUUUCAGUAUUUUCUUUACUAGUUUGUUCAUGUUGUUAGUGUCAGGAGCCACAGUGAUGUGGUGUGGUACGUAUAGUAAUCUUUCAUUUUUAUUUUCCCCUUACAAUUCUUUUCUUCCUUUUUUUUCUAUUUUGGACUUGACAACAGGGUAAACGCUCCCAUCCAAAAGGAUGAGUAUGGUGUCUGAACAUUUUGGUGGAAAUGAUUUUCGAGGUACUUUGACCAGUUUGUCUUGAGACACUACUGGCUGUUUUAACUGUUUGCAGUGAGUUGUGUUUUUUUCUUCCUGAUGUUUUUGAAGUGAACGACGGACGGUAUGCUGCACCUCAGAUAAAUGACUUCAGAGAUAGUCGUGUUCUCUCGGUCGUUUGACGCUUACAGGAGUGCUUUGCUUGUACGCAUUUGCCUGAACACAGACGCUCCCAUUUUGUGAUGGAAAAUCCGAUUUCAAAUUUGUAUGUCGAAAAUUUUGAAACAGUUAUGACGCCAAUCAUUCAAGUUGAUUUGAGACUGAUCACAACUUUUCUAUCUAAUAUCAAGCAUCAAAGUGGCAACAUUCUUGACAUGUUCAUGUUUACCACAUGAAUCGUUUGAUCACAUUGUCCAAUGUGCUUUCAAUCUGAACUUUGAUUUCCGUUGUUGAAUUCAUCAAUUGAACGUUUCCACGGACUGCUCUACAGAAGGAUUGUAAUGAAACUUAAUGAGAUGACUUGAUCCACUGCAAAUGGUGUCGCCAUUGAAAUGCCAAAAAAAAAAAUGUUGCAGCAAAUGGUAUUUGUUUUGUAUUUUAGUGAAUAUGGUGGUUGAGGGUGAAUCUAGGAAAUGCUGUGUACGCACUUUCUAGAAGUAAUAAUGCCUUAAAAUGUGUUAGACUAAUAUAUUGACAUUAUUUUUAGGCUAUUCAAUGGCAAUGUUUUUUGCAGUUCAGUGAGACAGGUCUUGUGUCUGAAUGGAAAGGUUCCCCAUUUUCUUUGUGGUAUCAUUUCAUGCAGGUUGACGUUUAUUGUUACGAAUCUUUCCCUGGAGGCAGAACUGAGCAGUUUCCGCUAGAUGGGCCAGCUGCAAAAUCCAAAUUGGCUAUAUCGUAAAAAUUCAUGAAAACAAACAUUCGCUUUUUGGUCUUAAAUGAAGGUACGGGUUAGACAUUAGGGUUAGCAGUGUGGUUAAAGGAAAGGAAAGGGAAAGGGGGAUACCUAGUCAGUUGUACAACUGAAUGCAUUCAACUGGAAUGUGUCUUCUGCAUUUAACCCAACCCCUCAAGGCUAGGGUUAAGGUUAGAGUUUAGGUUUACAAUCAGGUUUUAUGACUUUGUGGUUGUGCAAGCUCGUGACCACCCUGCAGAGCUGCCUCCAAGGCAAGACUCAUGAAAGUAAAUGCCAACCUGCUCCAUUCAUCCUGAACUUGAAAAUCAUGCACACUUGCGUAUGUUGAAUUUCACGAUUGAUGAUUGACCAAACAAAGCAAUAAUGAGUCCAGGUAGAAAUGGUCCGUCUCAGAGAUUUGAAGGUGCUAGGUUUCUACAGAAAUGCCUGUUGUGCUGGGAUAAUAUACCGGUUUACUUAAGUUAUCAAAUCAUUAAAUAGUAAUGCCACUUACGAAAUGGUAUCCCCGAAUAUGCUAAUGACUUAAUAACAAGGUCACGGUGUAUGACUAUAUUUGGAACAUAUGGCUGUAACCGUGGGGUGAAAUGACAUUCAAGCAGCAGAGAGGCACACACAUUAGUCAUGACAUCAUCCUUUCCAUUGCACCACACUUAAUUUGAAGGCCUUGAGUUUGGCAUGAGGUACUUACAGCAUCUAAUAACCCAAAUAUCAUGAUAUAUAGAAAAUCCUGAUACUCCUUAUUACGAUAAUCAUACUGUGAAAAUCACUUACCGUCCCAGCCCUAGCCAUUCAGGAGAGCCAGGCAAACAGUAUGGGUGAUGUAACAUGCAUAAAAUGCUUCUUUCUUUUUUUUUUUUUUUUACGUCUCUGCCCCUUUGUAUGCUAAUCAGGGCACAGAGAUUAGGAAUGGGCUCUGCAAAGAUGUGCUAAAAAGCCAACCUAAUGGUGCCAUCAGUCUUCACCUUUUACAACAAAAUGAAUGUUAUCAUAAAUGUCUUCAGCAUUGUAUUAUUCUCCGACGAAUGGUUGGUUCACUCAUUUCUUUCUCAUUAAAAGUAAGGAAAAUAUAGAUAUUUCCAACUGCAGUUGUGUAAAAAAAUAAAAUAGAGGGAGGUUUCACAGUAUUUUGAACAUACAGUACCAGUCAAAAGUUUGGACACACCUAGUCAUUCAAGGGUUUUUCUUUAUUUUUACUAUUUUCUACAUUGUAGAAUAAUGAUAACUAUGGAAAAACACAUAUGAAAUCAUGUAGUAACCGAAGAAGUGUUAAACAACAGUUUAGAUUUUAGAUUCUUAAAAGUAGCCACCCUUUGCCUUUGACAGCUUGCAGACUCUAGGCAUUCUCUCAACCAGCUUCACCUGGAAUGCUUUUCUAACAGUCUUGAAGGAUUUCCCACAUAUGCUGAGCACUUGGCUGCUUUUCCUUCCCUCUGCGGUCCAACUCAUCCCAAACCAUUACAAUUGGGUUGAGGUCGGGUGAUUGUGGAGGCCAGGUGAUCUGAUGUAGCACUCCAUCACUCUCCUUCUUGGUCAAAUAGACCUUACACAGCCUGGAUGUGUGUUAGGUCAUUGUCCUAUUGAAAAACAAAUGAUAGUCCCACUAAGCCCAAACCAGAUGGGAUGGUGUAUCGCUGCAGAAGGCUGUGGUAGCCAUGGUGGUUAAGUGUGCCUUGAAUUCUAAAUAAAUCACAAGACAGUUUCACCAGCAAACCACCCCCACACCAUCACACCUCCACCUCCAUGCUUCAUGGUGGAUGCCACACAUGCUGAGAUCAUCCAUUCACCUACUCUGCGUCUCACAAAGACACAGUGAUUGGAACCAAAAAUCUCAAAUUUGGACUCAUCAAGGACAAAUUUCCACUGGUCGAAUGUUCAUUGCUCAUGUUUAUUGACCCAAACAAGUCUCUUCUUCUUAUUGGUGUCCUUUAGUGGUGGUUUCUUUGCAGAAAUUAAACCAUGAAGGCCUGAUUCACGCAGUCUUCUCUGAACAGUUGAUGUUGAGAUGUGUCUGUUACUUGAACUCUGUGCAGCAUUUAUUUGGGCUGCAAUUUCUGAGGCCGGUAACUCUAAUGAACAUAUCCUCUGCAGCAGAGGGUCUCUCUGGUUCUUCCUUUCCUGUGGUGGUCCUCGUGAGAGUCAGUUUCAUCAUAGCGAUUGAUCAUUUUUGCAACUGCACUUGAAGAAAUGUUCAAAGUUCUUGACAUUUUCCAUAUUGACUGACCUUCAUGUCUUAAAGUAAUGAUGGACUGUCUUUUCUCUUUUCUUAUUUGACCUGUUCUUGCCAAAUGGGGCUAUGUUCUGUAUACCACCCCUACCUUGUCACGACACAGCUGAUUGACUAAAACACAUUGCAAAGGAAAGAAAUUCCACAAAUGAACUUUAACAAGGCACACCUGUUAACCGAAAUGCAUUCCAGGUGACAACCUCAUGAAGCUGGUUGUGAGAAUGCCAAGAAUGUGCAAAGCUGUCAUCAAGGCAAAGGAUGGCUUCAUUGAAGAAAAUAUAUUUUGGAUUUGUUUAACUUCUUUGGUUACUACAUGAUUCCAUGUAUGUUAUUUCAUAGUUCUGAUAUCUUCACUAUUAUUCUUCAGUGUAGAAAAUAGUAAAAAUAAAGAAAAACCCUGGAAAGAGUAGGUGUGUCUAAACUUUUGACUGGUACUGUCUGUAUAUGUACCCAAUGUUAGAGUAUUUGGCUGUGGCUGAUGCUGUCUUUGUUCCUGUGGACUCAUUAUAGAUACAGAUUUUUAAAGCUGCAGUUUUCCCCAUGAUUAUUUAAUAUGCCCUUCAAUUUGCCUGUAGAGAAUGAAAUGGUCUUCGGAAAGCCAACCCUGAAACACCAUCAUGGACUUUGGCUGCAAGCUUAGCAUUUGUAAAGCCAUUAGCGAUUUUGUCUAUUCUUUCCUAGAUACAUUUCCAUUGUGCUUAGUCCAAAGGGACUCACCCCUGUGGUAGGGGGAUACCUGGGAAUCAGACCUUGCCCAGCCUGCUCUGUGCCCCGUGUCACAGACAGACAGAGCCACUCUUUAUCCCAUACAGCAAAGCUCAGCAAUUGGGUCUAUGCCAGCCCUUUGAAUUGAAUACCAGCGCAAAGGCAUUCAGUCAGCACAAAACUCCCCAGUUCACAAGGCAGGCAGCAGUCAGUCCUCGUUCUCUGCCCCUCUCCCGUUCUCUCUCUCUGUCUAUUCUCCCCUGCUCUGAUCUCAAACAGCGGGCCCCUGGGGGCCUUCACACCUCGGUGCUGGAGGCCCCCCACUCCCCCUUCCCUCUCUCCCUCUGAGACAGGGGUCCCGUAGAGACAGCAAUUUGAGCCAAAUUGAGAUUAAGACGUGGAUACAAUCGAUCCGCCAUACAAAUAAUCUGUGACCUUCACAGGAAAUGUCACCUUUUACUGUUCGCUUUUACUUUCUUUUCUUUUUUUUUUACCCAUUUUGUAGUUGAGGAUGUUUAACUCAAUAUAUGGGGGUGUUAUUGUGUUUCUAUUAAGUUUUUAAGGCAGUUUGUGUGGCGGGUUUAUUGGAUUCAAGAAUGAGAAGUCAUUUAAAACAUAUUGAAGUAGACUGGUUAAUAUUCUGCAUACCUUUUGGACAAACUGAAAUUGUGAACACGCCUUUUGCAUAGAUGGUGGAUAAUUCCAAAGAGUUCAGCACUGUUGAUGGUGUCAGAGAGAUCAGAGAUCCCGAGGGAAACUUUGUAUAUGUUCUAACUGUAAAACUUGUACAUUUUAUUUAUAUUGUUGUCAUUGUUGUUGUUUUUUUUACACACAUUACUCUGUAGUGAGCUCUGAAUACAUUGAAAAUGCACUAUAUUUUUCUAUCUCACUCGCAGAUGAUUACUGUCACCCAGAAGAUUUCAGUUGUACAUACCUUCUCAUUUAGGACCAAAGACAGCUGAUAGGUUUCCCAUUUUAGAAAUGCAUUUUGUUUUUAUUUUUGCCUUUUAGUUUAAUGUACAGUAAUACGAAUUGUCAAUUUAUUAUUUAUUUUUCUGUGAUGAGAGUAUUGAGAGUAUUCAUUGGUCAAGAGUAUUUUCCCCAAACAGCAGAAGUGUAAAAUCAUUGCUUAGACGAUUUCUUGUUAAAUAGACGUUACUUUUUUUUGCUUCGUAACCUUUGUAAUAGACUGUACAUAUAUUUUUGGAAAUAUAAUACAAUCUCUAUAGAAAUCCUCUCUCA